CACCUCUUACUGUAAACACACUGUAACAAGUGCAGCUUGCCCAGCGGGCCACCCCGCCUUCGGCUUUCAUUAGUGAAAUCAACCCCACACAACUUUCCCUGGACCCCAUAACCCCCGUCGGGAUUGGUGGGCGCGGCUGUCAAUCAACCGGCACCCUUUACUGAUCAAGUAUCUUGCCACAACGACGGGAAGACGAGUAAAAGAACAUCCAGACAACGCUGAAAUGGACGAUGAACUGCAGCAGCAGGCAGACGAGAGGCCCUCUAUCCCCAAGAUCUGCAAGCAGCGGAGUCCUUUUAGCGUCCUUAAAACAUUCCCAAAUAAAAGACUAUUAUCCAAAAGGUACGAUAGGCCGACUAUGGUUGAAAUUCCUCAUCUGGGGACAACAGGGGGGCAACCGUAUCAGCACCUUCAACAGCAGCAACAUCACCACCAUAACCAUCAAGCCGCAUCCAUCUGCUGCAGUGAGCCGCAUCUACAUCAACAGGGAUCUUGUCAAAACGGGCCUAUCAGGGUAGUGCCGUCUACCUCCUCAUCGGGAGCCCAGCAGCAGUGCUCCGCCGCUGUGGGGCAACAUCGUGUGGCGGGACAGCAACUGAGCGCCCGGUACAGCGGCAGCAGCAGUCUGCCCCCGGCAAGCGACAGCACCACCACCAUGACCUUUAGUGCAGAGAGUCGCAUGAUCUUAGAUGCUUUUGCCCAGCAGUGCAGUCGAGUACUAAGCCUUUUAACUAAUGGUGGACAAAUGCUGGACUGUAGCCCUUCGCAAUCUUUGGUUUCAUGCAUUAAACAAGAAGGUGGAUGCUACAAUGGAAGGCAGGACCAAUGUCAGCUUGGAAGAGGGAUUCAUAAUCAGUCUCGGACAACAGACAGUAUGGAUGCAGAACAAAGAUAUGCACUAAAGAAGCAACAGACCUCUGCUUUCUUAAGAGUUUUUACGGAUUCUCUUCAGAACUACUUGCUUGCUGGCAGCUUUCCAUCUCAAAGUGCUUCAUCAUCAUCAAAUGAAUUUAACCACUUAACUGACAUGGAUCCACUUUCAACAUCUCCAGUUCAUACUAUGGGAGGAUGGACAUCACCAACAAACUCAGAAUCCCAUGGCCACCCAUCUUCAUCUACUCUUCCAGAAGAAGAGGAAGAUGAAGGCUAUUGUCCAAGGUGUCAAGAACUGGAACAGGAAGUAAUAUCAUUGCAACAAGAAAAUGAGGAGCUCAGAAGAAAACUAGACAGCAUUCCAGUGCCCUGCCAGACUGUUCUUGACUAUUUCAAAACUGUACUUCAGCACCACAACCAGCUUGUAAUGCCACAGCCAGAAGAGCCACUAACAGAGGGUAGUAAACAGCUGUUGAACAACUAUCCUGUGUAUAUCACUAGCAAACAGUGGGAUGAAGCUGUGAAUUCCUCCAAGAAGGACGGGCGCAGACUGCUUCGUUAUCUCAUCAGAUUUGUAUUUACAACUGAUGAACUCAAAUAUUCAUGUGGUUUAGGCAAAAGGAAAAGAUCAUUGCAGUCAGGGGAGAUUGGCCCAGAAAGACGUCCUUUGGACCCAGUAAAAGUAACUUGUCUUCGAGAGUUCAUUAGAAUGCACUGUACCUCUAACCCAGACUGGUGGAUGCCAUCUGAAGAACAGAUAAACAAAGUAUUCAGUGAUGCAGUUGGCCAUGCUCGGCAAGGACGAGCAGUAGGGACUUUUUUUAACAGUGGUAGCCUGUUUUAUGAUGGACUUGACCACCAUCUUUCACAAGAGGAACUGUAUAGUAGAGGUUCUCAGGAUGGAUCUGGGGAAUGAAAAACUACUGCAUAACUGUGUCCACCAGUGGCAGCUUGAAAGAGUAGAAGACAGUUGGAUUUAAUAACUGGUUUUAUUGGGGAAGCCCAAAGCAGCAUUUAACUGUGACACCCAACAGCCAAGAAUCUCUAUGUGCUUCUGUGCCAAGUUUAACGAUCAUGGAUCCAUCUCCUUAUCUACCUGUGAAUUCUUUGGUGCCUCACUACUAGUAAAGACUUAUAAAAGUGGUUCUAGAGUCAUAAUUAAAAUUUUAUGUCUUGUCUUGUUUAUUCAGCCAGUAUACAGUGUAAUGUCAUUUUUGUUGUGUUCACAUUAAUGUUGUAAUGUUUAAUUUUUUUUUUUAAGUACUGUACAGUUUUUAUAAUGUUAACAUGUCAGUAGUUGUCUGUUGACUAGCACCCUGUUAGAGUAAUAGGACUUGUCUUUUAUAUAAUGUUCCAUGCCCUACAAAGGCCGCAGUAAGAAAGAAAAAAAAGGUGUCAUUGGCCUACUGCAUUGUACUGAAAAAAAUGUUUUUAAGGUAUUGUUUAAGUAUAAAAAGUUCUGAUGUCGAGCAGCAGCAACUGUUAUAUGUUGUGCAUGGAGCUAGAGAGAAACGGAGUGAACGCGUGUGUGCAUGUGGAGCUGUGAGUGAGUGCGUGUUUGUUACUAGAGUUGUUUGAAACCCCAUUUGAUUACAUGUAUAACUUAUUAAAUCCAACAGUUUCCCUA